AUGCCUAGCUAUACGGAAAACGAUCUUCAAAAUGCAAUAUCUGCCGUUACAGGCGGGCAGUCAGUCCGAAAGGCUGCACAGCUCUGGGGAAUUCCAAGGGCAACCCUUCAUGACCGAAUUCAAGGUGCCCAAACGCGAUUAGAUGCAUACGAGCGCUAUCAGCGGCUUUCUCGGAAGGAUGAAGAGAGUCUUGUUCAAUGGGUGCUCAAGCAAGCAUCGUUAAAUGUACCUAUUUCCCAUCAACAGCUACGAAGCUUUGUAAUACACAUCCUAGCUCAAGGCGGCGACCACAAACCUCUUGGAAAGAAUUGGAUGAAAGGCUUCCUACAACGGCAUCCGGAAAUAUCAACAAGGAAAGGCAAGAGAAUGGAUUCCUGCCGCAUCAAUGGAGCUUCUGCUGAUACUAUCAAGGGCUUCUUUUCGCAGCUUCAAUUACCAGUUGUACGGGCAAUUCUACCGCAGAAUUCGUACAAUAUGGACGAGAGCGGCAUUCAGGAGGGCCAGGGCAGCAAUGGUCUCGUGCUUGGAAACUCGCAAAUACGGAUAGUUAUCAGGAAACACCCUGGAUCACGAUCUUGGACCACAAUUAUCGAGUGUAUCUCAGCGGACGGCAGGGUUAUUAGCCCACUUGUGAUAUUUAAGGGAGAAUGCGUGCAACAGCAGUGGUUUCCCGAUAAAUUCGAUAAAUAUCGCAAUUGGCACUUUACAGCAUCACCAAAUGGCUGGACCACUGACAAAAUUGGGCUGCAUUGGCUACGAGAGGUCUUUAUCCCGGAAACAACACCAUCCAAGCCCUCAGAGCCCCGGCUGCUAAUUCUCGAUGGCCACGGAAGUCAUGUUGCCGAUGAUUUUAUGCUAGAAUGCUUCAAAAACAACAUAUAUCUUCUUUUCCUGCCAGAGCAUUCAUCACACGUUUUGCAGCCGCUUGAUGUGGGCGUUUUCUCUGCCGUCAAAGCUAGCUAUCGCACUUCAAUUAUGGACCUUCAAUUAUCGUCACAUUCAACGCCCACGAACAAAAUCAUCUUCCUUGAAUAUUAUUUCAAGGCUCGAGCUGCUGGAAUUACAAAAAGAAACAUCCUUGCAGGUUGGAAGGCUACCGGAAUUUAUCCUCUUAAUAUGAGUAGACCUCUUCUAUCAAAGCUCCUAGUAUCAGCUAAAAUACCUCUGCAGGAAACGCCUCAAAUUGAUACAAAGCAACAGGAAGACCUUCUCAAGACCCCACAACGCGGCAGCGAAAUUCAUCAGCUUUUUCAUGAUAUUAUUGAGCCGCAGCAGCAAGACCCAACAGCCCGGCAGCUAUUUCGAAAGAUUCGGAAGGGAAUUGACAAGAAAAACAUGCAGCUAGUAAAAGCAGAACGCGAGAUUCAGCAAUUGAAGCAUCAGAUAGAGGCUUAUAAACCAAGAAAGAAGCAGAAGGUCGUACAUGAUCCUAAUAAAAAAUUCGUCAACAUCAAGGAUGUUGAAAAGGCCCGGCAGCGCCUUGCAACGCAUCUUGCAAGGCCCCCUGUUGCUAGUGACGCCGAAUUUGAAGCCCUCUGUCACGAGUGGCAGCUUGAUAGCUAG